ACCAAAUCAAUAAAUAAAGGAGCGAAUCAAACCAUCCCUAGCAGCCAGAAAGCAUACCAAGGGUUCAUUAUCUUCUGCACUCCUCCCAACAUUUUGGCGGGAAAUCUUUCAACAAGAAGUUGUGAGAGAUAUAGAGAUUGUUACCGUAUACAUAAACACAGUUUUAUAUUUAGAGCUGUGAUUAGGAUUCGACGAAAUGAGCUGGGCCUGUUGUAGUAAUAUCUGUCCUUCAACUUCUAAUUUUCUGGCGAUAGGUUACGAUCUUAAGCGUUUUAAUGGGAACAAAGUUUCUUUUCCGCAGGCCCAAAGACCAAAAAGAAGGUUAAGCAAGUCUGGCAGAGAAACAGAUAUAUGCGCUUAUUAUGGCUUGAAAACUCCUCCAUACGAACUUGAUGCCCUAGAACCAUAUAUGAGCCAGAAGACGCUUGAGAAGCAUUGGGGAGGGCAUCAUCAUAAUUAUGUGGAGGGUCUAAACAAACAGCUUGAAAGGAAUGACGUACUUUAUGGACUGACUAUGGAAGAGCUUAUCAAAGUGACGUAUAACAAUGGCAAUCCGUUACCUGAAUUCAACAACGCUGCCCAGGUAUGGAAUCAUGAUUUCUUUUGGGAAUCAAUGCAACCAGGAGGCGGUCAUCAGCCUGUAUUGGGUUUACUGAAGCAGAUUGAAAAGGAUUUUGGAUCUUUUACCAACUUUAGGGAGAAGUUUAUAGAAGCAGCACUGACACUAUUUGGUUCUGGUUGGGUUUGGCUUGUUUUAAUAAAAGAUGAGAAGCGACUCGCUAUAAGAAAGACAUCAAAUGCCAUAAACCCAAUUGUAUGGGACGAAAUUCCUCUGAUGAGUUUGGAUAUGUGGGAGCAUUCUUAUUAUCUGGAUUACAGGAAUGAUAAAAGCAAGUAUGUUAACGUGUUCAUGAACCACCUUGUGUCAUGGGACGUGGCAAUGGUGCGCAUAGUCCGUGCUCAGGCAUUUGUUAAUCUAGGCGAGCCCAACAUUCCUGUUGCCUGAAAAUUGAAAUGCUUCAGAAAAACAUGUGAGAGCGUCGAGAAAGGUACAAGUAACCAGAAGUACAUGCACGAGGAUCCUCUCUUCCCUGUUUGGAUUAUUUUGAAAAUUGUUGAAAUAAUUUUGUAGUUUAGUCCAAUCAUUUUAAAUAUUUUAUUUCCCAGCAAAAGGAUUUAUAUAAAUAUGACGGUGCGAUUAUUUUAUGAAAUGGCCGGCUAAAAUAUCAUA